AUGAUGGUUCAGAAGGACGGGAACCUUGUCCUGCGGAAGGGCAAGCCAGGGGAUCCCACGCCGGCGCCCCCGGUUUGGGAAAGCGGCAGGCCUGACUCUAAGAAGAACUGCCCGAAAUGCACGGUCAUGUUGGACGAGACGGGCCAAAGGCUGCUGGUGAAGGACGGCCGUAAGGUGGUAGGGAACUUCAAGAUAGCCGACGACAAGGUUCUCAGCGCGGCCAUCAAGGUCCGGUGA